CCUCGCCUGCCCAGAGCCGGCACGGAGCGAUCCCGGUGGCAACAGAGAGAAAGCGCUCCAGUGCUGGCGGGAUGGAGAUGUACAGCAAGGCAGAGACCCUGGAGCUGCGGAGGAGGCACAUCGGGCCAUCGUGCAAAGUUUUCUUUUCUAAGGACCCCAUUAAGAUUGUGCAUGCCCACGGGCAGUAUAUGUUUGAUGAGAAUGGUGAAAAAUACUUGGACUGCAUUAACAACGUAGCACAUGUUGGACACAGCCAUCCAGAUGUGGUCAAGGCUGCAGUAAAACAGAUGGAGUUACUAAACACCAAUUCUCGAUUCCUGCAUGACAAUCUAGUCCAGUAUGCCAAGCAUCUCACAGCUACCCUCCCUGAACAGCUCUCUGUUUGCUACUUUGUGAACUCUGGAUCUGAAGCAAAUGACCUUGCUUUGCGCCUAGCUCGGCAGUAUAGUGGCCACCAAGAUGUGAUAACACUUGACCAUGCUUAUCAUGGCCAUGUUAGCUCCCUGAUUGACAUCAGUCCAUAUAAAUUUAAUCAGCUGGGGAAAGAGGGCAAAAAAGAAUUUGUACAUGUGGCUCCUUCGCCAGAUACCUACAGAGGAAAAUACAGAGAGGACCAUCUGGACCCAGCAAGCGCUUAUGCUGAUGAUGUGAAAAAGAUUAUCGAAGAGGCUCAGAGGAAGGGCCGCAAGAUUGCUGCCUUUAUUGCUGAGUCCAUGCAGAGUUGCGGAGGCCAAGUAAUUCCACCUGCAGGCUAUUUCCAGAAAGUGGCCGAAUCUGUCCAUAACGCAGGUGGCGUUUUCAUAGCUGAUGAAGUCCAGGUUGGUUUUGGUCGAGUUGGGAAACAUUUUUGGGGAUUCCAACUGCAAGGUGAAGACUUUGUGCCUGACAUUGUCACUAUGGGAAAGCCAAUUGGCAAUGGCCAUCCAAUGUCUUGUGUAGUUACAACAAGAGAGAUUGCAGAAGCUUUUGGUGCCUCUGGAUUGGAGUACUUCAAUACAUUUGGUGGCAACCCAGUGUCCUGUGCAAUUGGUCUGGCUGUUUUGGAUGUUAUAGAAAAGGAAGAUCUCCAAGGGAAUGCCACACGUGUUGGAAACUAUCUCACUGGACUACUGAAGGAACAAAAAGAAAAACAUCCACUGGUGGGAGAUGUCAGAGGUGUUGGUUUGUUUAUUGGAGUGGAUCUUGUGAAGGAUCGACAAAAGAGAGCUCCUGCCACUGCUGAGGCCCAGCAUAUCAUCUACAAGCUGAAAGAACAGAGGAUUCUUCUGAGUGCAGAUGGGCCUUAUAGAAACAUCCUGAAAUUUAAGCCACCCAUGUGCUUCACUAUGGAAGAUGCAAAGUUUGUAGUUGAUAAGAUUGAUGAGCUCCUCACAGAUUUAGAAGAAGCAACUAUAAUCAGGACCAGAAAUGGACUAUCUACAAGUGUACAGACUAAAAGAAAAAUGCCUACCAAUGGGAGCUCCCGGCUGGAAUGUAUCAAUGAAAGUAUCGGUCACAUCAACGGAAGUGCCUGCAGUCAAGAAAAUGGAUUUUGUGCUGAAAACCAUACAGUGCCUUGCAAAAGGAUCAGGACGUAAAGCACAAAACAUUUUCUGUAAAUAAGAGUAAUGAUGUAUGAUUGGGUAUGUUUAAGGAUGAACGGAUGUGUGCAAUAGUUGGUGAUGAUAUUGGCUGGUUAUAAUACAUGAUGAAGUAUUCAUUUACAUAUGGUCUGAAUUUGGAGUAUCAUGCUUUGCAGCCAUGGUAUAAAGCUAGCAUAGUCUCCUUGGUUGCAGAUACCCAACACAGUUUCGACUGAUGCAUCUUCCUCUUUUUGAAAUUUCAGUGCUCAGUAUUGAGAUUUUAAUAAUUUCCCAUGUUUUAAUGGCUGAUUUAUUAUACUGCAACUUUCUGGUGGGGUAAUUCAUGUCAAUGCUGAAAUAAAUUAAAAUCUUGUCGAUCUUACAUGCAACCUAACAGAGGACACAUGCAACAAUCAGGAAUGUUCCAUGAAAUCCUAUCAAUCGGCUUCUUAACUACCAUCCUGUACACACUUACAUGAGAAUAAGUUCCGCUGAACUCAGUGGAGCUUGCUUCCUGAAUAGACUUGUAUGCCAUUGCACUGUUGGUGGAGGCAGGGACAAAUCUAAUCCGCCACUCAAAGGGAUUUCAGCGCCAAUUUACACAUCUAAUUUCACCCUCCAGCUAGAUAUACGCACAUUACAGUGAUGUUUUAUAUUCAGUGAUGAUUUUUUUAAAUUAUUAAUUGUACAGUAUGACUGAACUUGAUUAACUAUAUUAAGACUGAAAAAGUUAAAGUACUGCUAUAUUUAGACAAUACGCCUUACAGUUCUAUGUUUGUUAUUCAUUUCUUUACUGUUAUCAGCGUUCUUUGUGAACUCUGGUAGAAUACUAGUUUAUUUUCCCUUUACUUGCUGUCCUUGUUUAUUCCAAAAAAUAAAGCUAUUUUUAACCUCCGA